AUGAAAUUCCUUCCACUCCUUCUGGCGACAACCCUCGCCUCCACCGCCUACGCCCGCACCGACCUGAAGGGCUGCAUCUCCUCCCAAACCCACAACCAAUGGAACGAAGCCAGCAUGAUCUGGUACGUCCCAGGCACAGGCGAAAUCUGCGACAUCCCCGAUUGCGGCGGCGGCCGUGCCCCGCCCAAGCAUGACAAUCCUGCCUGUCCUUUGCAGUACACUGGCACCGCAACCUACGAGCCGAGCUAUCUCCCUGGGUACGGACCCGGUGCGGCUGCAUCUACGAGUACGCUCGCUGCGACGGCGAGUGCGUCGACUACGGCGGAUGCGAUGACGACAAUGUCGAGUGAGGCGACGGCGGCUGGUAGUUUGGUGAUUACCUCUGCGCCGAGUAUGACUCCCAGUGCUACGGCGACGAUGAAGACGAGUGUCAAGGCGGGAAACUCGUCUAGUGUGGCCUCGACGACGAGUAGUUCUGCUGGUGCUACUGGGACUGGUAACGGUGCGGGAAUGCUCGAGUUGAAUGUGGUUGGAGCUGUGGCUGCUGCUGCUUUGGCUGUCGCGGCUUUGUAA